UAGCAGCAGCUGAAGAAACAGAGUCGCAAACGGGCACUGAAACACACAGUCUCUACCAUUGCCAAGUCAAGCACCUUCUGGAUAACAGUACCGCUCUGUGAGGUGCUGCAAGGCCACAUCCAGCCAAAAUGGAGUCUGCAGUUGUAGAGGAAGAUACGGGCUCAUUCGAGUACAAGGCCGCUCACCAGGCAUUCAGGGAUCGCUGGAAAGAGACGGAUGAAACCAUGUGUCGCCACAGCAUGUCCUUCCACUUGCACCACUCGCUGAGGAGUGAGUUCUUUGCCAGCUACCUGUACCUGAUGGAGAAGAUUCCUGUUGUGAAGCUGUUUCCAGUCACCUGUGAGAUCAUCAAAGGAGAGAAACAGUUUUACUACAGAUCUCAGCAGUUCUACGAGGACGUCCCCGCCUCGGAGGAGGGCAUGCUGGGAGAUUUUGUGGAGAUAUGCAACGUGGAUCUGGAGGCUUCCCGUGAGUUUCUGAAGAGGUUUGUGGGUCCUGGUAAGGCAGGCACACAGUGUGCCCUGGACUGUGGCUCAGGCAUCGGCCGUGUGAGCAAAGGCGUCCUCCUCCCUGUGUUUGAGAAAAUGGAGCUGGUGGACAUGAUGGAGCACUUCCUGCUCCAUGCUCACGAGGAGUACCUUGGCGAUGAUGCAGACCGCAUUGAGACCUACUACUGCUACAACCUGCAAGACUUCACGCCUCCAAAAAACAAAUAUGACGUCAUCUGGAUGCAGUGGGUGGCAUGCCACCUAACAGACAAGGACCUGAUGAACUUCCUGAUGCGCUGUAAGAAGAGUCUGCAUCCAAACGGCGUCAUCAUAAUAAAGGACAAUAUGGCGCGGCAGGGUUGCAAGCUGGACCCAAUCGACAGCAGCAUCAGCCGCCAUCUGGACAUCAUGAGGUGCAUCAUCGGCAAGGCCGGCCUCGAGGUCCUGGCUGUAGAAAAGCAGGAAGGCUUCCCUGACAUCAUCAUGCCUGUCUGGAUGAUUGCAAUGAAGUAGUGACAUCAUAACUCUCAGAGGGAAAUCCAACCUUAAUCUGAAUGCACACGUUUUUCCUCUUUUGUCUGAGUCUAUAUUUUUGAUCAGGUCUCUAAAAACUACAACACCACAGCAAGAAAUCUUCCAAGUGUUCAACAGCAGAUAAAUCCUGAAACCGCCGUGUGGAGUGUGUGAUGGCACCCGGGGAGAUUUUAUGGAGACAGGAGCUAUUUUUCUGCACAGCCCAGAAGUCAAAUAAAGGUUUUACGUGGACAUUAACCUUCUACAGAAGCACUCUGUACGUCCACCAAAGCUAGACUGUAAUUUAUUGUCGGCCGACCACCUCCGGGGUCUGUAUCGUGAUGACAUUAAAGGUGGACCCUCAGCUCUCUUGAGUUGUUCCUGUCUCAACCACGAGGAUCAUUGGAAUAACAUAUGGACUAAGAUGGUUUGUCUGCCAAGUGAAUGAUUUGUAUCCCGUUAGACACUAAAUCCAGCAUGUUACAUUACAAGGACAGCACUCAGCCAUAAUGUACCAUGUUAGAUUUCUAAAUAAAAAACAUAUUGCUUUAUGUUUUAAACAUGGUAAUUAUUUUAAACUUGAUAUUUAUAAGAGUUUCUUGUUAUAUGAAUUCUCACCCCAUUGUAAUAUGAUCUGCAUGUAAAGUUGAGCAGGGGAACCUGUUAACAAAAGUCAUGUGACAAAAAUAUCAGUAGCCUUGGGGUCAGUAUCAAAAUGCUGUUCCCUGAGAGCCAAAUCACUUUCUUUGUUGGAAAUAGUAUCCUUGCUCUGCACAAUGCUGAACUUCCAUUUUUUUUUUUGUAACACGACCUUGCUUUUUCUAGGGUUUUGGAAAGUUUCAAGAAUAUUAAUCCUUCAAUGAUUUAGAAUUAAUAUAAAAAAUAUAAACCUGAAAUUGAGCAUAAUAUGUCCUCUUUAAUAACGGUUGAAGAUGAGGUCCUAAUGUUACCUUUCAGUGCAACAUGUAGUUCUCUGUUCACAUUGUAUUGCAGGAGAAAUACUGUUAAUUCAGUGCACUCAGUACAAGCUAGUCUGGUGUAAAUAAUCAAACUUUAUGUAAGUUUUUUUUUUAACUUUUGCUUGUAAUAUUGCAGAUGAAUAGAUUUUUUUAUAUGGAUUUCUUAAUUUUUUCUUCUGUUAUGUGUUUACAUUUAGACUAUAAAUUGCUUUAUUUGCUUAAAUACAUUUUCUUGCACAAUAUCUACAAAUGUGAUGAUAAGAAUCCUUAAUUUAUUUAUAACUUACUGUUUGUUUUCUUCAAUUUAGCUCUUGCUUAGCUUAGCGUUUACUUGCAUUUUUCAAAAAUAAAAA